AAGGACCCCUACCAAGCUUGUCUCUCAGUUACAAGUGCUACUAGUAGUGUUGUUGGUAAUGGACUACUUUCCCUCUGCUAACUUCAGCUCAUCAUUCAUUGAUGGGUCUUCUUCUGUGACAACAACCAGCAACAACAGCAGCAGCUGCAGCAAAGAGAAGAAGAAGGCUGGCAAAAAGGGCAAAGGUGCGGUAAAGCUAUCGACUGAUCCACAAAGUGUGGCUGCUAGAGAAAGGAGGCAUCGUAUCAGUGACCGGUUCAAGAUCUUGCAGAGCAUGGUUCCUGGUGGGACAAAGAUGGACACUGUCUCCAUGCUUGAUGAAGCUAUUCAUUAUGUAAAGUUCCUCAAAACUCAGAUAUGGCUUCACCAAGCCAUGAUCAACUUCGUCGAUGACGACUCGUCGUCUCUCUUCUUGCCUACCUCUUUCCCUGUUGAAACAAAUAUUUACCCAUCAUCAAACCCUAACCCAAACCUUGAACCAAUGCAACCGUCGCAGCUGCUGCCAUUGCCGGAUUCUUGCUUCCAAGGUCCCCAACAAACCAUGCCUUAUGAUGCAUACAUGAGACAUCAAUAAGCUCUCAUCUCAUUAUUCCAUAUGAUUGUGUAUGGUUUUGUUGUAUGAAUAUGGUUGAAUCCUGUAACAAAGUCAAAUGUUGUAGCUUGUACUGGGUCAAGGAGGAAUUUGAUCUUCAUGUUCUGCUCCAUCAAGUGAGCUUUUAAAAUA